GACUGGUUUCCAACGAGCUGCAAGAAGGUACCUGGAAAGCGGAAAAAAACAACAACAACGUUAGAAUGGAAGAGGAAUUCAAAAGUGCGGUAGAUAAGAUCAACAAUCUUGCAAGUAAACCUUCCAAUGAGGAUUUAUUAGAAAUAUACGGUCUUUACAAACAGGCAACUGUUGGCGAUUGUAACACUGAUCGUCCUGGAUUUUUUGAUCAAAAGAAUCGAGCCAAGUGGGAUUCAUGGAAUUCUAAGAAGGGAAUGAGUACAGAAGAGGCCAAACAAGCUUACAUUAAGAAAGCAAACAGUUUAUAAUGCAGUAGUUUGGGAAUGCUAGUGCUAUACACAAUGCAUUGUACACUGCAUCUUGUCUAGUGAUGCAUUAUUACGCUAGUUCUAUAAUUAUAGUUAUCCUUUAUUAAUUUGAAAUGUCAUGAUCCAUAGUAACCUUAGGAUGUACUUUUCAGUAGGCGGUGAAUAAAUAUUGAUGCUUAUUCUUUGUCAAUCUGAAGGUAUCAAUUAUUAUGACCAGAUAAAAAAUUCAAAUAAAAAC